AUGAACAGCCUGUUCUCCAGCUAGGGAGAUGUCCAGGUGAAGAGCAUGGAGCAGACAGUGAAACAUGCUGAGAAGUACCAGGGUGAAAUCUGCUACCUGCUGGGCUCCUACACCAGAAAGACAGCCAAGCUCAGAGACAAGGCAGACCUGCUGGUGGCUCAGCUCUUUGACUUCUCCAGCACAGAGGACCCUGAGCUGCAGAUCGGCCUGAAAAACCUGGCAGAAGAUCUAGCCAUGGUUCAGGAUUACAGGCAAGCUCAGGUAGAGAGACUGGAGACAAGAGUUGUUGCUCCUCUAAAAGCCUAUGGAGACAUAGUCAAAAAUAAAAGGGCGGAUCUGAAGAAGUUCAACACUGAUCUUAACAGAGAUCUGAAGGAGAUGCAGAAACUGGAGAAAAUGAGACUGAGGAACCCAGCAGAUCGACAGAGCAUUGCAGAAGUAAAUACUGAGAAGGCUUCCGACAAUGCCCUGCGGAGCAUCAGACAGCUAGAGGAGACCAUCACAGACUUCCAGAAAAAGAAACUUGAGGAUAUCAAAAGGAUUAUCACAGACUUCAUCACAGUGGAGAUGCUCUUCCAUGCUAAAGUGCUGGAGGUCUAUACGCACACAUACCAGAACCUGAAGGCGAUGAACAUUAAAAAGGAUCUGGAGCUGUUUAAUGGACGGCUCAAGAUGUCUGAUUCUCUUGCUGGGCGUCUGGAUACCCCUCUGAACAACCACUCUUCUCCCCUCAUGAGCCACUCCCUAAGUCCUCCUGUGGCCUCCCCCAAAGGCCAAAGCCUCAGGCAACAACACAGCCAGUUCCUAGAAAAACCCAGGAGGGCAGUGAGGAAUCUUGGAAUGACCCUGGAUGAAGAAUUGUCAUCCUCUGCAAACAUUGCAGCAGUAGCCCGCACUCACAGAAUCAGUAGGAUACGCCAAAUCCUCACCAGAGAGUGCUCAUCCAGGUGCUUCUCAGUCUCCUGCCUUGACUAUUGCAACUCCCUCAUUGCGGCAGCCCCUGCGUCUGCCACCAGUCUGCUCAUCUGGGCAGUGAAGCAAACUGCUCAUUCCUACCUCCAAGCCCUGGUCAAACACUCCACCCUGACCUGA